GGGUCUUGCAGUCUAAUCCCCAGCGAAGGAAGCGCAAGACGAUUUGGGGGGUUUGCGUGGCUGCGUAGUGCGGGUGUUACCCUGUCGUGCUUCUCAAAGCUAGGAUUUCCAUCGGCUGAACUGUUUGUUUGGGUUGUCUCCCUUCUUCUAUUUGAACCCAAUCGAAAUACCGAGAGCCACUUUCUCUUCCAAAAUUCAUCAAAAGUAGAUCUAGGUGACAGUAACCAUUUCUCCAGCUCAAAUCUUGGAGCGUGUUGGCACAGUCGCUUGGAUUUGGAUUUACCAUUGUCCGUCCUGUAUUGUAGAGCGAUCAAUUCGUCAAUAUUCAAUAAUUACGUACAGUGUCAUUAAAAUAUGUACGUGGAACAUCUUUCAAACAGAUCUACAAAUACAUCUUGAUACAUCAAAGUAAUCACUCCAGUCUAUAAAAAGAUUACAAUUGGACGAUUGGAUCACACAACAUAUGGACGCAUUUCAAAAAGGAAACAAUGAAUUUUUAUAGCUAAGUGAUAUACUUGUGAAAACUAAUCCAAAUAUUUAACACAAGAGGACAUUUUUAUUGAGAAACGUUAAAAAAAAAACAUAUCUGAAAACAAUAUCUUUCUGAAACAAAAGAUAAAUUUCCACCUGUCAGAGACAUCGUUAACAAAAGAAGUUCUAAGCCACUAUUUCCAGAAAGUUCAAGGACUAUUUGAGAGUAUUUCAUUCGGCGAGUAGCUGACCGAUGAGCAGACGACAGUGGUGUGAAGGAAAGCGAAGGAUGAGGUUUGUUGGCUGUUUCUGUUUGUUCUGCUGGCCGGACGUGUGACAAUGCGGAUACACUGGGAGCGGUGCCUGUAGGAUUAUUGCAGUAGAGACACACGAUGAGACCGCCAAAUCUGUACACUGUGCUGCGUAUGGUGCUGGUGCUGUUACUUUGUGCUGAGAGAUGUGUCGCGGUGAAGUGGCUUGCCUUGUUUCGUAUCAAACAGCGGCCAUGGGAGACAACUAGGAACUGUUCCAAGAAUGCCGGACUAACUCCUAGGCAGAUGAAACUGUGCAAAGAGAACCUUGACCUAAUGCCCACGCUGGUCCAUUCGGCCUUGCUGUCCGUGGAGACUUGCCAGAAGCAGUUUGCCGAUCGACGAUGGAACUGCAGCUCCAUUUUAAAAGUGCCAACAUUGACCAAGGAUUUGGUGAGAGGUACUCGAGAGCAGGCCUACGUCUACGGCAUCUCAUCGGCGGCGCUAGUCCAUUCCAUAUCAAAGUCAUGUAGCAUAGGCGUCACCACCAAGUGCAGCUGUGGGCUACUGCCAUCCGCAGCGCCAACAGACAAUUUCAAGUGGGGUGGGUGCGGAGACGAUGUCCAGUUCGGGCUCAUCUUUGGAGAGACAUUUACGGACGCUACACUCACGAACAAACUGGGGGAAGAAAAAAUCUCCAAGAAAGCCAUGUUAAACAGGCAUAAUUUCAAGGCCGGUCGUCAGAUUGUAGCAGACAGCUUAACCAAGGCCUGCAAAUGUCAUGGGGUAUCUGGCUCCUGCUCCAUCAUGACCUGCUGGAGGGCAUUGCCGAGUUUCGACACCAUUGGAGCUCUCCUCAAAGAGAGAUACGCAUUGGCGGUUGAGGUGAGACGAAAACGAAAGAAGAAGGACAAAGUCCUGGUCCCCAUCCACAAAGGCAAAUCUUUCAAGGAUGACGAAUUAGUCUACUAUGAAAAGAGCCCCGACUAUUGCAGUCCCGAUGACAAGACGGGUUCGGUCGGUACCAGUGGGAGAUUGUGUGAAGCCAAAGGCCGUGGGCCAGGGAACUGUGAGUCCAUGUGUUGUGGCCGAGGCCAUGAUAACUUCACCAUGGAGGUGUCGGAGCGAUGCGAGUGCAAGUACUACUGGUGCUGCUACGUCAAGUGCAAGACGUGUGUCAAGACACUCAAGCUGAACCAGUGUCGCUAGUGUCUCCGCGUCAUCUGCCACGUGCUGCUUUCUUGUGUGUUCAACGUGACGUGGGAGGGGUGUGGUGCUUCUGGCAAGUCCCCCCACCCCAACAGUUCAUCAAAACCUUUGAAAGGGAAAAAAAAACUUUCCCAUUUCUUCGAUACCAUUCGAUUUUCGGAAUCACCUUUCACUCUGGGUCUGAACAUAUUGUCUAAUCGAAAGGAUAAUCACAAAAACACAAUCACCAAGACCAUCACGUGAUCAGACGACAAACACAACUUUUUGUUCUUCUUCUACCAAGAGUUGAUGAACAAUAGGAUUUGUGUAUUCUUUUCUCAACAGAAGAAUGAACUUCGAAACGCUGCUGCCAUGGUAACAGUAAACAGUUUUACUAAUAAACUCUAUCCCAGAAUGCCUGAUGGAUUAGAAUGACAAAAGCUGGGAGAAAAUCUUCUUUUCACUUAGGACACAAGUCAAUGACGCAAUUACGAAACUACAGAAAGAAAGUUGAAUCUUUUUCUCAUGUAACACAGAAAUGUUUUGUUUUUUUUUCUAAUUAGUUCUCUAUAUUUAAAGAACAAUGAUAAUGGUACCAUGAAUGACUCCGGAUUGUUUAAAUCUUCUCUCAUAUUCUUGGAACCAAAAUACCUCAACAUUUUUUAUUUACGUUUUUUUUUUUUGGCUUGUUUUUGUUUUGUUUUGUUUUUUUAAUGAACUAUUUUAACAUGUUUUGCUAAGAUGGCUGUUCAUUUAUUGUUCAAUUAAAUCACCAGCACUUGAUAAAUAUAUCGAUUGAUUUGCGCGAGUUCUAGCUUUGAUUUCAAAAUGAUAAACCAAAUGUAAUCUAUAUAAAAUUUAAGCACAUUAGUCUAAAGAUGGAUGAAUUAAUUUUAAGGAAAGCAUAAAUGAAAAAAAAAAUCUGAUUGAAUUUUUAUUUAGAUUAGUGACUGACUUAAUAUAUCUGACCAAAGGUUUAAAAAAAAAAACUUAACAAAGGAACAGGUCAGAAGUUAUUAUCAGUUUCCCACUUACCUUGAUAAACAACAAGAGUGAUAAAGAAAAGUUUGAAACUCUCUUUAUAAAGAGAAACAAAAUGGCGGGACGUUGCAUUAUAGAACUUGAAAAUCAUUGCAAUAGGAAACAAAGGUUGGGUUCAUACUACCAUAUCAUUCAAUGUCUCUUAGCAUUUAGAACUAUGCCCUAGACUCUGUUCCCUACAGCAAUCUGUUUCAUGUAUUUUGUCAUCUAUGCACAUCGACAUUAUGCAAUCGUGUCAAACUGAUUUUAUUGUAUCAAUUGUCAGAUUGGGGAGAAAAUAACAUUAAAUACAAUCUGCUAUGAUGUUAGUAGGCAAAGAUGAAUAUAUUUGUAAUUUACAGUCUUCAUGUUUAAAACUGAGAAUUGAACUUUCUUUCACACCUUUCUCCCCCCCCCCCUCCCCACAGUGAACUUUGUGUUUCUAUUCCAUUCUGUCAAACGUAAGUCUAAGUAUCUCAAGUAAGUUCCAUGUAGCACAUGAUAUCCUUUUGAAUAGGUUUUUUAAAUUUAAUUUUAAUAUAUGGUAUUCACAUUUAGCUAAAGAAGACUGUACAUAUAAUGUGUUCGCAUUUAUCUAUUAUCGUAAGAGUGGUACGGAGCGAAGUUCGCUAAUCCUUGUAAAUAGGCCACUGGUUUGUCUUGUAAGUGUAUAUUUAUUUGUAUAUUUAUGUAAACAAUAUGUGUAUCUAAUCUUAGAACUGACCUAAUUAUUCUCUAAUUUCUGCAUGCUCUAGAAAAUAUUAAUUUGAAAGUUGUACAUGUUUGUAUUAUUUUAUUUAAAAACACAAGAGUUUUGUUGAUAUAGUCUGUAUAGUGUUCACUGAGUCAGAAAUAGGCCUUAUAUAGUCUAAAAAUGAUAUAAUAAUCGUAACAGAAUAGUCCUCUACUAUUAAGUAAUUAGGAGACCGAUAUAGAAAAUAGUGAUAGUGAAUAAAUUACUUAACAUAGGAAGAUAUAGAUACAGAAAAGGGAUAGAAUCAAUGACUUAACAAUGGGAAGAUAUAGAUACAGAAAAGGGAUAGAAUCAAUGACUUAACAAUGGGAAGAUAUAGAUACAGAAAAGGGAUAGAAUCAAUGACUUAACAAUGGGAAGAUAUAGAUACAGAAAAGGGAUAGAAUCAAUGACUUAACAAUGGGAAGAUAUAGAUACAGAAAAGGGAUAGAAUCAAUGACUUAACAAUGGGAAGAUAUAGAUACAGAACAGGGAUAGAAUCAAUGACUUUAAAAUAUGAAGCCUUGUCCUGUAUGGAACAUAACGUGAUAGAAUGAAAGAAAAAUGCGUAUCUCGUCGCAUUCGUCAGAUACUGUAACAUGCAGUGUAGUCGGAAGUUACGUACUUGAAAUGGGCCUCAUAGUCACAUGCCCCGAGACCCAUCACCGUCCUCACAAAGGUACACUUAGGGAUGAACACACACAUACACACACACAGAGAGAUAUCUUUACUUUUACCUCCCCUUUCUUCAAUCGCCCUUUGAAAUUCAAGUUUUAUUAUACAUUAAAUUCAGAACGUCUUUAUCUAUAUAUAUAAUAUGCUUCCAGCCGUGCCUGAUCAGAACGCGCGUUGACAAAACUUUUAAAGCAAGAACUUCAUGAAAUAUUUCAAGUUGAAUGUUUCAUGAAUACUAUAUUGCUCUCAUAUGUCCCUUCACUUUCUUCGUUGGGGCGCUGUGACAGUUCGCGUAACCAAAGCCCUCCACUGUCAGCAGCUGUUCUCAGCAGGAGAAGAUGAGAGAGGCCGGUCCAUUCUUUCACGCUGUUUAGUCAGCUUUUCUUUGGAAAACCUUUUCUUCGUGCUCCUUCCACUGCAGAGUCCACUGUGGCAUGAAGGAUGACUUUUGACAGUGAUUCAUAUCUUACAAUAUGGCCCAACCAGCUCAGCUUUCGUCUCUUGAUAGUAUUGUGGAGAUUCUCCUUUUUGUCAGCCAGUGUUUAACUUUUAUAAUGUAUACAAUUUAAAUUUCCAAUCUCUAAUUAAGUGCAUAUAUAUUUGCUCCCACAUCGUUACGAACUUGGCCAUGAUGUAUCGUGGGGUGUACAAUCUAGAGUUGGUGUACAUGGCGAAGCAUGCAAAGAAAACCAAAUGCCUUGAGGUUGCAGCCAGCCCUAACCAUUCUUACCAGUUUCGCUCAACACUUUUUCUGCCUGGGAAACAUAAACUUCCAACAAGCGCGUCACAGCAAAAGGUCGCCCAGACCUCUGGGGCAUCGUUAUGCCCUCUGGGCAGAAGUGCAAAAAAGAUGGCCGGAUAUGGCAAGCAGACCAUGAUUGGGCAUCGCUGUUACACACUAAAGUUUGUCCUGCGUAUUAUGACUAUGGGAUACCCUUAUCGAAACAAUAUUUUGGCAGUGUUCGUACAUUUUAAAACCUUUUAAUCAUUUACUCCAGCUCUUUUCCCAGUACUACUAAAAGUUAUUUUGAAAUCUUCUUGUAAAUAUUUACAAACCGCCAUUAAACAAGUACAUGAAAUACCUUAUUUAUAAUAAUACCACCAACCAUGAUAAUAUCUAGAUUUCAUUUUUUCUCAUGUAAAAGUUAAGGUAUUUGUUAGAGUCAGACAUUCACGUAUUUCAACUUCGUAUUUCUUUGUGUUUAAUCCAUAAAUAAGCAAAGUACUACUUUUUACAAUGCCAACAAUAAAUUCUCUAACUACCCUUACUCUCUUAGUAAUUAGUGCUAAAUUUCUCUAUAUUUGCUGUUGAGUAAAAGUAGAUCUACAUAUCUCAUAGCUAUAUGUCUGGGAACAUGGUGUAGGGGACAUUACCAAAUAAAUUAUUUCUAUAACUGUUCCAGGUAGUUUACUCAAACGAAUCUCAGUUUAUAUUGAAUGUAGAGAACUUUUGCCUGUACAAUUACUUAUGAUAAAACGUGUAACUGUAUUUUUAAUUAUCAUAAAUUUAAUUAAUUUAUUAAUUAUUGUAAUAAUUUUUGUAAAUUGAUAAUACUAUUAAAACAUCCAAUGAUG